AUGUCGUUCGGCGUCUCCAUCAGCGAUGUUGGCAUGCUCGUGAAGCUUGCUUGGCGUACAGUCCAAAGCACACGACACGCUGACAGCGAGCACGAUGAGCUUAGCUGUGCGGCUCUCAGCCUUCACAGUACCUUACGACGUCUCGAGGGGGAAGUCAAGAACCCAAAGAGCUUGCUGAACAAGCCUGAGGAUCCGUACCGGAAAGAGGUGGAGGCAAUUGGGUCAGGGUGCCGAAAGACCUUGACAGCUCUCGAUAAGAUAUUGGAGAAGUACAGUAGCCUCAAUGGUGGCGCAAGAGGCAUACCAAACGUCUGGCAGAGGUUUCGCUUUGGUAAUGAAGAGAUGACGAUCAAGGACAUACGAGGGAAGAUGAUUUUCUACACCAGUGCUCUGUCGCUGUACCUCAACAUGGUCUCUGUGGGCUCUUCCGGAAGGGUUGAGAGGCAGAUGGAGGCUGCUGGAGGUGAUUUGAAAGAAUUGAAGAGCGCAGUCAAUACAAUCACGGCACAUCUCAUGAGCAAUGCGAAAGAGGAAGGGUCACAGAUGACAGCGUAUACAGACGACGAUAAGGGGGUAUGGAGAGAAUUCCGGAGAGAGCUUGUCAAGAAAGGCUUUCGGAGCUCGCUCUUACAUAAACACAGAGGGACAAUUCAGUCGUAUGUCAAUGAGCUCGGCGAUCGUGGGAUCAUGGACGAGACAGAAGAGACGGACAUUCAGGCCGCAGUCCUUCCAAGCGUCCUCGAAAUGCGUGGGACUGUACCGCCCUCUAGUUCUAUGGAACGAUACAAGGCUCCAUCUAAACCCACCCCGAGGGUAGGGAAUAACGUACAACAAGAAGGACCUGAUCAAGGCGAAGAACAAGAAGCCUCUUCGGCAGAAGACUCAGAGCUCACAGGAGACUCUGGGAGUGAGGUCUCAAAAGUCACUGACCCUGUUGAGAAAUUAGAGAAAGAAAGCACGACCAGUAGUCUCCCCAGUCGCUCGAAGGAGGCCAGUGGAAACGUGCCCAGAUCUCAGUCAAAAGAAAGCGAGAGGGGUGACACGGUUGAGAAAACUUCGGUUGAUUCAUCAUCAAAUUCAACAAAAAGCUUGGAUGAUGCUGAAGCCGCGCCAGAUGGAAGAAGUCCUUCCCCCGGAAUCUCAAUUACCGAAUCUUUAGGCACGCAUAGAAGCUCCGUCAGCUGGAUAAAGCUUUGUAGGGCGAAGGCUGAUAUUGCUGAAAGUAAUAGACGGCAAUGGAGGCAACGAGUUGAUCAAGAACUCUUCUUGCAACGGGAAGAGUCCCAGGGGGUAUGCUGUGUCUACGACGGGUGGGAUGUGUCUACUCUUUUUGCCGACUUUGAGGUACGAGUCACUACACUCCAAGCUGCUACGACGAUGCUCAAAGGCCAACUGUACGAAGGCAUUGUUGACCGAAUUAAAGAAUACCUUGUAGAUGCUAAGCAAAUUUUGUAUGAGAUAGUAGCAGCUGGUCUAUACGAUUGCCCUGAUGGGAGGCGUACUGAUUGGGUCUACGCUCAUUUGCUAGCAGAUUCGGGCGAGAAGAUGGUCGCCGGUGCCUGGUUUCUGAAUUCAGGGUUGCCCUUUGGAGAUCACGACUGGCGACAGCAUAUUCUCCAGAUAGUGCGCGAUUGGCUUACAGACGUCUUUUUCAAAUUCUUCUUGGACCGAGACAGUGUCAUCGUCAAUUCAGCGAUUCCAGAAUCUCAACGAGCUAAGCUCUCAGGCGAGACAUUCAAGAAACAAAAGGUCAUUUGUAGCAUCCCCACUAUAGACCGAAUACGCCGUGCAUCGUACAUGAGAUUUGCAGACAUCCGAAUGAUCGACCAGAAGAUUACCAUAACGCGGGACCUCUUGGAUAAGGCAUACUUGAAGGCACUUCCUGAAGAAGCCAGAACUGUGGACCCAACAACAUUUCGAUCACGUAGAGAGCUCCUCGGCUAUGCAUACCUGAACGCACAACUCGAUGAUUUUGAUAUCAUAAUGUUGACCACGCGUUUACGAUCUCUGUGUGAAACGGUAUUCACAUGUAUUGAAGACUGGCCUGCAUUCCAAAAUGAGCGGCUACUGGGGGCUUUAAAGGAGAAAUUCGGAGCCUAUGCACGGGAACAAUGCGAAUUUCUCCAUAAGUUAGUAUCUCAAACAGCUUUACCUGUAUCGAAUUUCAAAUCGGAGAUGAAAGGUAAUGCAUAUGAGGGUUCCGAUAGAAUAAAGACCGGGUCUGAGGAGAAGACAAAGCAUUUAGGGAAGAUAGACUCCUUCGUUGACGGGCUAGUGACUCCAAGGAUGCCGCUUCCCAGGCGUACUCAUACAUUCAAGCAAGAGCCUACAAAACGGUUGAACGGGUUAUCCACUUUAUCGAAGACUAGCUCUGAAGGGAAGGACAAGAAAUCAGAAAAAGAAGGCUCGCUGACCAAUGAAGCUGCCGGAAGCUCUCCACGUGAUGAUUUUAUGACUUUGAAAGUGACAGAUGACUGGGGUAAGCUUUUAGGUACGGGGGGUACUCAGUCGAAAAGCCAUUCCAAGGAGUCGAAGAAGGGUUUUCAGCAAGAUCCAUCGGCCACUAAAGCCGUACCAGGCGCUUUUUCAGGGUGGGCUUCUUCGAAAAACAAAGGCAAGAUCACAGGUAUAGAUUACACGCGUCGUGUAAGUUUUAAGAAAAGACCGUAA